UUCGCCAACCGCUGUUUGUUGCCGCUUCUGCCGCUGCCCUUGCUACCACACCGACUUCGCCUGUGUGUUCGCUGCACCCGUGCUGCUCACCAUGGCCACCGCCCCACCUCUGCAAGUGCUCCAGAACUACGACAACAACUGCAAGGAUGCCGUCAACAGCCACAUCAAGCUGGAGUUCUACGCCUCCUACGUGUACCUGUCCAUGGCUUUCUACUUCAACCAGGACGACGUGGCCCUGAAGAACUUCUACCACUACUUCCUGUGCCUGUCAGACGACAAGAUGGAGCGCGCCCAGAAGCUGAUGAGGCUGCAGAACCAGCGCGGUGGCUUCAUCUGCCUUCACGACAUCAGGAAGCCAGAGCGCCAAGGCUGGGAGAGCGGGCUCAAGGCCAUGGAGUGCGCCUUCAAUCUAGAAAAGACCAUCAACCAGAGCCUGCUGGAGCUGUACCAACUGGCCACCGAGAAGGGCGAUCCUCAUCUGUGCGACUUCCUGGAGAGCCACUACCUGCACGAGCAAGUCAAGGCCAUCAAAGAGCUGGGUGACUACGUGAGCAACCUGCGUAAGAUAUGUUCCCCGGAAGCUGGCCUGGCUGAGUACCUGUUCGACAAGCUCACCCUGAGCGGCCGUGUCAGAGAGACCUGAGCCCAGAAGGGCCCCACAGCCAUGGGGUGCCUUCCCUAAGUUGGGCCUUCAGGUGGAACCUGCAUGCUGCCCUUUGAGAACGUUCUCUUCAGUUUUUUCUCAGUUUUACUAUUGUUAGCAAUAAAGUUAUCUGGUUCUCAAAGCAAUACAGGUGUCCA